AUGAGCAGCGAGCAUAGUCCCCAGCGCGAGCCGCCCAAAGAUGAGCCUGGACAUCACAAUGACCACUCGAAAGUCGACGAAAACUGUCUUCAGGACCAGUCAAGCCGAAUGCCGCUCAGAAAAGUUCUGAUUGUAUAUUUCGGAAUAGGGUUGGCACUUGUGAUUGCCUUUAUGGACCAGAGCGCAGUCUCGACUGCAACACCAGUCAUUGCUAACGACUUGAAUGCGUCCAAUACGAUAUCAUGGGUUGGCACAGCUUUCUUUGUUGGCAACUGCGCCUUUCAGCUUGUCUACGGCCGCAUCUCGGACAUCUUUGGCCGCAAGAACGUCCUGCAAGCAGCCAUAUUGCUACUUACUGUCGGGAACAUCCUCUGCUCGGUUGCGCAAACGCCCAUACAGCUGUAUGCUUUCCGGGCAGUUUCCGGGAUAGGCGGCGGCGGCAUUACAAACAUUGCCAUGGUCAUUGUCUCCGAUAUUGUCCCUCUCAAAGAGCGCGGCAAGUAUCAAGGCUUCAUCUCUGCGGCAUGCUCACUUGGUAGCGCAAUCGGGCCAUUCGUUGGAGGAGGGCUGGCAUCUGCCGGCCAAUGGCGUUGGCUAUUCCGAGUGAUUGCCAUAUCGGCAGUAGUCACAGCCUUCGCUAUACAUUGGAUUGUGCCGCUGAAGCCGGUGCAUGGCAAGAUGUUGCCCAAGAUCAAGAUGAUAGACUACCUGGGCAUUCUUCUGUCAUCUUCAGCCACGAUCUUCCUGCUAGUGCCGAUCUCAGGUGGCGGAUCAACAUUCGCAUGGAGCAGCCCCUUGACGAUAAUUCUGUUAGUUCUGGGGGUCGGGUGUCUGGCAAGCUUCGUGGCCGUCGAAGCGUGGUUAGCAAAGAUCCCAAUCUUGCCGAUGCGGCUCUUCAGGAUGUGGACGCCAACUGUGGUCAUGGCCCUGUCCUUUUUGCUUGGCAUGGUCUAUUUCGGGAACAUGUACUAUGUCCCAAUCUACCUGCAGUAUGUCAAGGGCUACUCUGCUCUUGUGGCGGGCGCCCUCAUGCUUGCCUUCACAUUUCCUCAAGCGAUUUGGGGCGUUGUUGCUGGGUUCUACGUGUCCAAGACAAAUCACUACAAGCACAUAAUCACUGUCGGCGCGAUCCUCUGGACGCUCGGCGCGGGCCUACAGAUCUACUGGUCCACGGAUAGCUCUCUCGGCGAAAUCAUUGGGUUCUUAGAGAUCAGCGCUGUCGGCGUCGGCUUCAACUUGCAGACCACCCUUGUCGCUGCCCUGGCAACGACCAAGAACGAAGAUAGAGCCGUCGUUACCGGCGGUCGCAAUUAUGCCCGAACCAUGGGUGCUGGAUUUGGACUGGCCGCGGCCAACGCUAUUUACCAGCAGGAUGUUUCACGCCAGCUCGCCGCCAUCACCGCACUCACAUCAGAGCAGCAGAGCGAGCUCUCUGUCUCGGCCCUAGGUGACCUCGAUGCUCUCCCAGCGGACCUGCAACAUCUCGUACGAGGCGCAUACGCGCACGGGCUCCGUAUGGUGUUCAUCGCGUUCACAGCAAUGUCAGCGGCGUGCAUGCUUGUGGGCUUGCUGAUCAAGGUAAGCACGUCCAGGUCGUAG